ACAGACCUCUGGAAAGCCCUCGACCCUUCUCCCUCUCUUUGUCCCAAGCUUCAUCGUUCCCACAAUCGCGUCUCUUGCAGAACAGCUUCAAGCUCCCCAGUCUCGCUCUGCUCGCGCUCGCCCUUCUUAGCUCUGCGGAGCUUUCAUUUCUCUGGGAGAGUGCGAGAAAGAGACGCUUGAAUUUCAAUUGCAGGUGCGUCGUGAAUUUAUGGCAGUCAUACCAUUGGGAAGCACGUCGUGGGUUGCUCGAUAUGGAGUUCAACCUCAGCUUCCACAAAGAUCCUCCAUUGCAGCUAACUCAUCAACAUCAGCACUUCGUUUCUCGAGUAAGACAAGAGCUUUGACAUCAUCAAGUUCAAGAUUUUUUUGUCAAGAAUCUUUGAAUGAGCUUUUCAAUUCGUUGUCAUACAAGAAUCCAUGUCAACGGAGAGGAAAUCGCCUCAUUGUUAGAGCCAAUAAGGACUUCUAUUCUAUUCUUGGUGUAUCAAAAAAUGCUAGCAAAUCAGAUAUUAAAAGUGCUUAUCGAAAGCUUGCACGAAACUACCAUCCUGAUGUAAACAAAGAAUCUGGAGCUGAGCAGAAGUUUAAGGAGAUCAGCAAUGCUUAUGAGGUCCUCUCAGAUGAUGAGAAGCGUUCAAUUUAUGACAGAUAUGGGGAGGCUGGGCUAAAGGGUUCUGGCAUGGGUACAGGGGAUUUCAGCAAUCCGUUUGAUUUAUUCGACUCAUUAUUUGAUAGCCUGGGUGGGAUGGGUGGUAUGGGGGGGAGGGGAUCAAGAAACAGAGCCACUGAAGGGGAAGAUCAACUCCAUAACCUUGUUUUGAAUUUUAAAGAAGCUGUAUUUGGGGUUGAGAAGGAGAUUGAAGUCACCAGGCUCGAAAGCUGCAGCACGUGCGACGGAUCUGGUGCCAAACCAGGGACGAAAUCGUCAAAAUGCAACACGUGUGGCGGCCAGGGGCAGGUAGUGUCCUCUACAAGGACUCCACUCGGCGUCUUCCAGCAGGUGAUGACCUGUUCGUCCUGUGGCGGCACCGGAGAGAUCUCCACGCCCUGCAACACGUGCGGCGGCGAUGGAAGGGUAAGGAAGUCAAAGCGCAUCAGCCUGAAAGUUCCCCCCGGCGUCGACUCCGGCAGCCGCCUGAGGGUCCGCUCCGAGGGAAAUGCCGGAAGGAGGGGCGGGCCCCCCGGGGAUCUUUUCGUGGCCAUAGAGGUCCUACCGGAUCCGGUACUAAAAAGGGAAGACGCGAACAUUCUCUACACUUGCAAGCUCUCCUACGUGGAGGCUAUUUUGGGAACCACGAAAAAGAUCCCGACGGUCGACGGGGAGGUCGAUCUAAAGAUCCCGGCCGGGACCCAGCCCGGGACGACGCUAGUGAUGGCCAAGAAAGGAGUGCCUCUUCUCGGGAAACCCAACAUGAGGGGGGACCAGCUCGUGCGGGCCCAAGUUGAGAUCCCGAAACGGUUGAGUAGCGACGAGAGAAAGCUGGUCGAAGAACUCGCGAAUUUGAGCAAGGGAAAAACAGCAACUACCAGCGGUAAGAGGUAGUUAGGAUGGAUCAUCAUCAACUAUAUAUAUAUAUAUAUAUAUAUAUAUAUAUAUAUAUAUAUAUAUAUUUGUUCUUGAGGAGUUGUGAAAUUUUGACCAUUGGGUUUGAACUAUAUAAUAUAUACACCGUUAUUGAUAGAGCCCAGAAUUGGGUGAGUGUUAGAUUCUGAGGCAUGUGGAUGUACAUUUUAUGGUGUCAUUUUAGCACACUCAUGUUGUGAUAUUGUUUACUUAUUUGUUCGAACCGAUGGCAAUUGCUCAUCAAUUCGUGACGAUUUUAUGUUUUUG